AUGGAGAUCACCUUGGGCAAUCUGACGCCAUCAACACCUGAGAACCCAGUUCACUUAGCAUGGUGGGCACCCAGAAAGUCGCAGACGGCCUGGAAUCCCCACCUGAACCUUGAAGGCUGUGCGGUCUACAGGCACAUGAAUUCUGCCUAUCCCAAGUACAGUGAUGUUGACUUCAAUGGAGGCAACCUCCAGGUGGACAGCAAUGGUCAGAUCACUAUACGCUUUCAAGCGCCAGCGACGUACUAUGUGACAAGCUGGAUUUCGGUGCCACACGUGCACCUCCGACUUUGCAGCAAUGACACCUUCGCGCAUACCAUACAAGAUGCCAUUGUCUUCAUAGUGGACGGCCCCGAACUCGUCGCUGGAGAGGCAGGUUCUCAUCUGCAGAUCCUGGACUACAAGAAUUUCACAUAUGCAGAGAAGACUGGAGGACCACUCCGCAGUGUGAGUGACCGAGACAUUAUUGGUGUCCUAACUUGGAGAACGACUACGCCGACUACGUCCUCACCGUUCAUAGACGAACUCGUCAACAACACAGAUUGGGAUGGCUUGGAAAGUGGAACAAAUUGA